AUGGCAAAUGUUCGUCCAUCUGAACCUUUAAAAUUAUAUAUUGCAUCAUCAGAAAUGACUAUAGGAUGUAUGUUAGCCCAGGAUGAUGAAAACGGGCAUGAAGGGGCAGUUUAUUACCUUAGUCGAGUUCUAACCGAUAUCGAAACAAGGUAUUUCCCGAUCAAAAAAUUGUGUUUAUCUCUAUAUCAUGCUUGGGACGAUUGGAAAAUUGGAUGGGCUUUAACAGAAUUCGAUUUACAAUAUGUACCAGCAAAGGCUGUCAAAGGACAGGUUAUUGCAGAUUUUCUCGUAGAGAAUUCGAAAGAUCUGCAUGACCAGGGGGCAAAUAUAGUUGACGUGGAAGUCAACUAUUGGAAAUUGUAUUUUGAUAGAUCUAUGCAUAAAGAUGGUGCAAGGGUUGGAAUCCUCAUUAUUUCACCAGAGGGUGUUCCAUCGGAAUUCUUGUUCGAAUUAAAGUAUCCUUGUUCUAAUAAUGUGACCGAAUAUGAGGCUCUGAUUUUGGGUCUUGAAAUUUUAGGGGACUCACAGUUAGUUUUAAAGCAGUUGUCGAAAGAAUAUAAGUGUAAUAACGAGGCAUUACAAAAAUACUUAGAAACUACUUGGGAAUUAUUAACGUCUUUUUGCAAGGUUUCCUUGGUGCAUAUCCCUAGAAUUCAUAAUGAAAUGGCUAAUGAGUUAGCCCAAAUUACUUCGAGGUAUCGGGUUGGUCCGGAGACUUUGAGGAAAUUAUUUGGUAUCCAUCAAAUUUUAGUACCGGCAAAUGAAAGAGAAAUUUUGUGUAUGGAUGAAUGA